CCAAAUUUCCGAGAGCCAUUGAAGGCGGCGUCAUUCUGCACUGCAUACGCGCCGUGGCGGAGAGCGAAGAUGGCGGAGAAUAAUGUCGAAGCGGAUCACGAAUGGAACGACUGGGCCCUGGACACGGCCGAAGAUACUCUAAUCGCAAUGGAAACCUUGCUGGCCACACUGAGAGCUUUCGAAGAUGUACUCAGGCAACAAGAAAUAUCCAUAGCAUCUUCCACAGAGUACUGCGAUAACUUCUGUCAGGCACUGAUGCACUAUGCUGGGAGCAGGAACUCCAUGGAGCAUGGUCUGCCUCUUCUGGAGGUCUACUGCCUGUCUAUAAACUGCUUUGCUGCAGCCCGAUCCCACCUCACUGCAGAGUCCGACAGAGUGGCCCUUGUUUUGAAGAGACUAGCUUUGAGCUGUUUUGAACUUUUGCUGUCAGUGCCUGAAAAUGAAAUCCCAUUUGAAGCCUGGGUUCAGUUCCACCACUCUGUUCAGAUUGCACAUGACACUUUGUUACAGUAUGGAAGCACAGACCUCCAAGCUUUACUCCAGAUUACAGGAGAGGGUGGAGCAUGGAGUAACUCAGUCCUCACUGCUCUUCUUACUGGCCAGCCCACCAACCCAGAGGAAGUUGAUGCGUACAUAAGCCUGGAGGGUGAGGGCUUCAUGGAGAUGCGAGUGAAACAUCUGGAAAAGAUGGGGGAAGUGGCCAAAGCGGUGGUGUUGGCCAAAGCUUGCACUGAGUGCAGCUUAAUUCCCAACCAAGCGACGUUUCGUCAAACAUACGUCUCCCUGCUCUGUCACCUGCUUCCCAAUGAAGAAGCCAUAAUGGAGAUUUCCAGACUGGACUGUAAGGAUGUUCUGGAAAUCACGUGCAAUUUGGAGACUGAGGGGGAGGAAAAUACAGCCUUCAUUCUGUGCACAACUUUCCUUACACAGCAGCUUCAACAGCAGAGUCUAUACUGCUCCUGGGAGUUGACUCUGUUGUGGAGUAAACUUCAGAGGAGGCUCGACCCUUCAUUGAUGUCUCUUCUCGAACGAUGCCUUCAGCUUGGUGCCAUUGCCAAAACAGUACAACAUUUGCUCUUCCUGGUCCGUGUGAUUCAGGCAGAGGCGGAAGAUCUGGGGAUACCUGCUUCAAUAGAACUUUGUGUCAAAGCCCUACAACUUCCAAAACAGGAUGACUCUGAAACACGAACUUCUGUCUGUAAAACGAUGUCUUGCCUUCUGUCAAAUGAUCUUGAAGUGUUGCGUGCCUGCCAACUCACUGAGUUCUUACUUGGCCCCUGCCAGGAAGCCUUUACUUGUCUUGAGGAGCUCUACUUACGUCCUGACCAAAAGUAUGACCAGGAAAACGAGGUUAUUCCCAACUCACUACGCUGCGAGUUGCUAUUGGCGCUGAAAGCAUACUGGCCUUUCGACCCCGAAUUCUGGGAUUGGAAAACUCUGAAGUAUCGCUGCAGCUCCCUUCUAGGGUUGAGGCCCGAGUCAGAAGAGGAAGAGGUAGUGGACAAACAAGAAAAGGCAAAACAACAUGAAAUACAAGGAGUUGCAGUGAGAGGAGAGUCUGAGAACCAAAACAAAAUAAAUGGAGGUCUUGAUUAUGAGCAUCAGGAUAAUAAACAGACUACUAACAACACAGAUAUCAAAGGAGUAUCUGAAACAAACAGGCAGAAGUUCUGUAAGAUUUGUAAGAGGUCAGUUGCUGACUCGCAGAUGAUUAACCACUCCAAAAGACACGCCAGGGACAACAGUCACCCCUGUCCUGUUUGCUUGGAAAAGUUCAAAAGCAGGGAAGACCUGGUUCCUCAUUUGAAAGACCACAUUCCGAGUGAAGUAUUUGCUUCCCAAAAUGAUGUGAAGAGCGAGGACAUGCAGAAACAGAUAGAUGAGGAUGAUGACAUUGAACCUGGAGAAAUCCCCAUCGACCCAUCCUUGAUGCGGUACUACAAAUCCACACACGAUCCAGAUGUGUUGCAUCACAUCGUGGAGAAAGCGAAAACCGUCAAAGAGAAGCAAGCUGACGAUGACGAGCACGUAACCUUCGACUACAUCGAGCAACACUUCAAACUGCAGAACCGCGAUGAGUACCCAUGUCCAGGAACCGGGUGUACUAGGAUCUUUAAACAUUCUAAGUACUUGUAUGUCCACUUGAAAUCAGAUCACAUAGGUGAUGGGAAUGUGAAGCAUUUUCAUCAGAUGAGAGACAAGCGUGAGAAGUGUGUAUUUUGUAGGCGUCAUUUUGUCUCAGCUUACCAUCACCGCAAACAUAGAAGAGUUCACUUUGGUGAUCAGCCUUACAAGUGUGUGGUUGUGGGCUGCGGGGCACAGUUUAGUACGUCUAACGAACUUGUCACACACAAGCAGACCCACGGCUAUCAGCUGAACUACCAGUGUGAGCUCAAAGGCUGUUACGUCACCUACUCCGACUUGGGUCAGAUAUAUCACCAUGAAGCACAGCAUUUCAGAGAUGCAGCCUUUACUUGCUCUAGUUCUAAAUGUCGAAAAUACUACUUGUCCAAAAAGGAUUUCAUAAAGCAUUUAUCCACACACAACAUCACUUUCACAGAAGAUGACUUUGAGGCUCAAAGGAAGGCAAAACGGAAACUUUUUAAGACUUUUAAUGAGCCAUCGGUGCAUCCUAAUAAGUCAGUCAAUCCAACAGACACGAUAAAUGGAGAUGCCCUCAACUCUCCAUUGGUUAGCUGUACCUCCUCUUCACAAGAAUCUGAUGUCAAGGAGCCAAAGGCAACAAUAACAUUGGUGGCUGUGUGUUUUGAUGGAAGUAAGUUCACUUGUGGCUUUGAGAAGUGUGGAAUGACUUUUUCCAGAGCCAGAGAUGUCCAGAGACAUCUGAAAUGUGCUCACCCAGAGCACAUUAAACUGGAGAACAAGGAGCAGAAGCAUGACAAAGAACAGGACUCCAAGUCCAAAAAGACCAUUAAAACUGAGCCAGAUGGUGAGAAAAAGGGAAAACACGAGCCCUCAACUUCAUAUCAACCUGCGGAGACUGGCAAAGUGAAAAAGGUGGUCUCUCAUUCUAAAAGCAAUGAAACAAGCUCGCUCAGCCUUAACCCAAAAAGUGACGCUCUUAAAGACAUUCUGAUUAGGCUGAGUAAACUGAGCCUAAACUCAUCACCGCCUCACAGUUUGCCAAGUCAAACCCCACAGUCCACCACAGACUCAAACGCAUCACAAAUGGCUCUUCAUCAGGCCAUCAUGGCAAAGCCUCCCAUUGUGUUGCUCAAGAAUAGACCCCAUCUGCCUGGAGAUAAGGUAAAAGUUCAAACUGAGGAGGCAUUAGUAACCAGUGAUGAGGACUGUAACGAUUCACUGGCCGCUGCUAAGCCAUACGUCUGUGAGGUGAAAGCAUGUGGCUUCAGGACGGCGCAAAGUUACAGCUUACUGCGCCAUUAUAACACCAAACAUGGCCGUACCAUUGAAGAGGCCAAAAAGAUGACGUCUUUGAAAACCACCUCUUUUAAGCCUUACGUUUGCCAGUUUUGCUCCAAGAGUCACAGAGAGAAGCACGUGUUGAAGGCCCAUUAUAUCACCGCCCAUAACAUGAGUGAGAGUAUAGUGGACAAAAUAAGCUGUGGAUCUGUCCGAUCUGAGGGAAACAAAGAACCUACAUCACCAACCAAGAAAACAUCAGAACCCCUGACAAACCACAGUCCGAAAAAGAGGAAGGAGAGCUUUAAGCUGCAACGCCAACGCGAGACAAAAAACUCAACUGCGAUAAGCAAAAAUGGACACAACUUUGACAGUCACUCUCCAUCUGAAGAGGAAGGAGAGGAUGAAGCGGAGAGUAGGGGGGAAGCCAGUGAGCAGAAAGGAGAAAGUGAGGAUACAGCCACACAACAGGUCAGAACAACAAGACGUUUGGUAGCCAAAAGUAAUCUGUGUUAUAUUCUGGAUAAAUUCAGUAAACCCUUUCAUUGUGUGGCAAAAAACUGUGCUGCAGCUUUUUCCACCCAGGGAGGCCUUGUACGCCACCUGCAAUUAGUACAUCAUUACAAUCGCUCUCAGCUCCUGCUGGAAAAAGACGGAGAUGUGCGUCAUAGUCCAGAAGUCAGAAAAGAGUCCACAAAGAAAAAGUCUCACCCGAACUCAGAUGAACCUCAGCCACAGUUCAAAUGUCACUUUGCUAACUGUAACGCCUCGUACCACCUUAAAAGUAGCCUGGUGCGUCACACUCGUGAUUAUCAUUCUCAGCCACAUCAGCUAAUAAGGUGUAAAUAUGACGGCUGCUCAAGGGUGUUCAGUCAUAAUGAUGCACUUAAGAAACAUACACUUUAUAGUCACUUUGAGUACUAUGAUUCACUGGUGGUACGACUGCAGAGCACUCACAAAAAGUCAAUCACUGGGUGCCAAAAGAAGCUCAUAGUGGCACCACCGAACUCUCAGAAAGAAGAAGAACCUGGUUCACCCACCACACAGGAAAAUAUUUUAAGUCAAAAUUCUGAAGCAACAGCCCAGUUGGAAGAAAGCUGCAAUGACAGUCUUGAGAAGAAAUUGCCAACAGAAACAAAUUCUUUCAGUCGUUUUGUCUUAAGAUCUCAUGAAGAAGCGCUACAGAUGUGUCAAGACCGUUGCAUGCGUGCUUCCUACCCAUGCAUGGUUCAGGACUGUGACUCUGUUGUCACGUACCUGCACAGCUUGAACCGUCACUACCUGAAGGUGCACCAAAUGCUUCGAGAAGAUCUCGUGAAGAAUAACAAGAAGCUUAUUUUUACUGCUGAGCAGCUUGAAGAACUGAUUCAGAGGAAGUCAGCCAGGCUGACUGUUACUGGAGCGUGCGCUCCUAAUGGGGUUCGAAAAGCAGAGUUCCAAGCCGAGCCAGAAAACACAGGUGCUCAGCCUGCACUUAUGAGCCAGCACUCCAUCAAGGCUGAAACGCAGAAUGAGGAUAAUCGUGAUCCACUGGGAUUCCCAGAGGAAGAAGAGAAGGAACUUCCACCUGUUGAGAGAAAUGGUGUCCUUGUCGGAGCAGAUGAGGUGCUAUAUGGUGAAGCAAGCGCCGGUGGGCACACCGAGGAGUCACCUGCUGCCUCGCAGAACACUCAGAAACAAGAGGAGAGAUUAACCUUGGAUAAAAUCAAACCUUUUCUUCGUCCUGUCACUGUUGACCUCUCACCACCCUGCUCACUGCGCUUUACUACUGAGGAUGGUUUCCAAGACACAUCAAGCAACAAAGAUGGUGGUAAAAUGACAAACGGGACGUCUACUUUGCUCUCUCCUCCCGUCCGCCAGCCAUUAAAGCGCAAAAACGAACUGUCUGAACAGCCUAUAAAACUGAAAGACUCUCAACCUAGAAGUCCAUCUCCACGCCCUUUUGACAUUGCUGCCUAUAAGCCUAUGGGCUUUGAAUCCUCAUUUCUGAAGUUUAUACAAGAAACAGCUCCAAAAGAUAAAAGUGCAGCUGGGAAACGGCGCGACACUUUCAGACGCAGCUGCUCUGUUAAGGAGAACAACCAGCUGGGAAUCUCUCACACCCGCAGCAGGCGCGCUCAUUCCCCCCUGGUGAAGCUCCACGCUAUGAGCGGAGACUUCACAUCAGUACAAAACUUGAAGUCUAUCCUGGACAAAGCACUGGCUGGGUGUGGGGACCUGGCGAUCAAACAGCUACAGUACCUCCGGCCGGUGGUGGUGUUAGGAAGGCCCGUGUGCACCACCACGUUGCCUGACCUCUUCCCCUCUGACACCAACAACACCAAACUGCUUCUUGGAAGUUAGUUUAACCUAGCACCUUUGUAAACAUGACAAAUUAAUUUGUAUUUUCGCAAGCUAAGACUCAGUAUUUACAUUUCUUCCAAAACAGAAUGUUGUGUGUUCCUCCUGUAUUUUUAAGUUGCCAAAAAUAGGUUUUUAUAGAAAUAAACAUAAAAACAAACAAGAUACAAGCCUCAACAAUAUACACAUCAGAUCCAGUUUUGCUGUCUUUUAGGCAUCAGUUAGUUCAAGUCAUAUCAAAUGUCAUCAGAUAUAUUAAUUCAUGAUCACAAGUGUAUAUACUGUAGUUCUCUAAGAUAAAUGUACAGCUUUACAGAUAGUUAGAACUGGUCAGUAGCUUAUUGCAAGGCCUUUUCACUUGUGUGAAAAGUGACUAAGAAUAUUUCCUUACUACAAUGUUCUUGAGGAAUAUGUUUGGUUAUUUUUCACCUCAAUUUAUAUUAAAUCGGUGUUUGGAUGCAGUGGACAGACAUUGGCAGACAUGUAUGUAACACUUUCUAAUAAAAUAAAUAAUGAAUUCA